AAAGAAAGAUUACCCUUGUAUAUAUAGUUUAAAAAUUUAAUAAUGAAUUAAUUACAAAACAAACAAUUAAAAUUAAAAGAUAAACGCUACUAAAAAAAACUAAUAUAUUCAUUUACAAAUUAAUAUACAAGCAAAAAAAUACAGAUAUAAAAAAAAUAUAUUUACACACAUAAAAAUUUGCAGAUUAAAAAUAUGUCAAGUAGAAUAUCAAUUUACUCCUUUAUUAAUCCUGAUGAAUAUGAUUCUUUUUAACAAUACACUGCUGAUUUUAUUGAUAAUUCAGAAUAAAUGUCUGGACUUGUUUCUCAAAAAAACAUCUAUGAACCAGAGUACUUUUUGAACUCAGAAUACUUAUCAAAAGAAAACUGUAAUUUUAAUCAGUAAAACUCAUUCUAAGCCUAUUAGCCCUAGCUUUUAAAUCCAAUUUACGAAUACCAACUAUAAAAUAAUUUAAAUGUAGAUACAUGCUAAUAUUAAUAAAAAAUAGAAGAAACAUCUUCCUAUUUUCAUGGCUUUAACAACAAUUAAUCUAUCAACUAGCAGUUUGAAAGCCAAAGCUUCUUAAAAAUUGGAGAAACAUUCAAUUAAUCUGAUUAAAAUAAAUUCCUUUUCAAUAAUGAAAAAGAACAAUAAUAAUAAUAAUUAGAAAUACUGCUUUAAGAAAAGAAUCAUAACCAUAGAGAUUUGAAUUAAAAAUUAAUAGAAAAUAAACUUAAAUAAUAAUAUUAAACUACUGUUAGCACAUAAAAAAUUAAACCUCAAAAUGAAGAAAAAGGCAAAAAGUAAUCACAGUAAAAUCAGUUUAAGAAUAUUGUGAAUGCUUUUAAAGGAUACGUCAAAAAAAUAAAAAAGAGUGAAUUUGUUGAUGUAUCAGAUUACGAAUUUUCUAAUUUGAAAAAGCAACUGAUGAGAUAUAUGAAGUUGAAUUCAUUUAAUUACUCUCUAUUGAAAUAUAUAAUAAACCACAAAUUUUACAAAUUGAUGCUUUUAAAUUUCUUUUAAAACGAAAGCUAAAUUUGGAUAGAGUCAAGUAAAUUACACGACAAAGAAGAUGUCUUUUAAAAAAUAUAAUAAUUAACUGAGUGUAUAAAAUAUCCCCACCUUCUAGAGGCCUUAUUAGGCUAAUAAAAAAAUAAAAUAAAAAAAUUAGAAGCCUGAUUUUUAAAUAAUUUAAUAAAUUAAUUAAAUGAUUCAAUUAUUUCUUGAUAAGUCAGCAUUUACAAAAAAUAUUGAAUUCAUUAGUUAAUUAACUAAUUAAUUUAUUUAUUUAUUUAUAGAGUAACAAAUUUAAAUAUCAUACAAACACAA